AUGCUGCUGGUGGCAGCGCUGCUCUUCGUGUUUGGUGUGGCCGUCGCGUCGGUGCUGGUUGAGGCGUCGCAGGGCUGCCGGUGCUACGUGCACGCCAGCGUUGCUGUCGCUCUUCUCCCACUAGCGGCGCUCGUGACACUCGGCUUCGGCCUGCUUGCGCAGAAAUUGGUGGAGUACAUCCACGAUGUGGCGCAGAGCGGCGUGCUGCCCCCGUUCCUCUCCUACGCGGCGCUGCGAGCGCGGCCCAUCGAGGGCCAGUCGGUGACGCUCCUCGACAUUCAGCUCGUUGCAAUCCUGCUGCUGCUGAGCUACGCAGCAACAGUGGUACUGCGACGUUUAGUGGAUAUUGUGCGCUUGCUGAAAAUAUCGCGCCGGCGUCUCGUCAUGAAGUAA